AUGGACCUUUCCAGACCCAGUCUGCUGGCCUGUGGGAUCCGCCAGGCCUCCAGCCAAAUCUACAUCGCCCCAGAUUCACUCAUUGGAGUGGAAAGAUAUUCAAGCUCACUGGCCAUCGAGAACACCCCUGAAGAUGUUCAGGAAUACAGCUGGCACUGGGGUGCAAAUGACACUGAGGAAAAUCUGAUUAUCAGCUACAAUGCCAUAUCUCAUUCCAGGCGGGAUGGGCCCAUGUACAGUGGCCGGGAAAGUGUGUCCGUUAGAGGUACCCUGAGGAUCAGGGGGUCACAGUUAAAUGACACAGGGAACUAUACAGUGAGGGUGGACACCAUCAAUGACACCCAGAGAGCAACUGGCUGGCUCGAGAUUCUAGAGUUGGAAAUCCCGCAAAUCUCGGUCAACACCACCUCCGUCGUAGAUGGCGAGGAUGCGGUGGCUGCCACUUGCUACACCAAUGACAGCCACGUCCACUGGUAUGUGAAUUAUGCGCCGGUGUCCAGAAAUUACCGGAUGACCAUCUCCCCGGACAACAAGACCCUCGUCAUCCGAAUGUUCAGCCGCUUCGACUCACCACUUCAGUGCGGGAUAGAAAUUCUCCCAGAGCUCAUUCAGAAAAGUGACCUCGUCUAUGUGACAGUGGCCCAUGGGCCCUACAGUCUGCAGCUCAGCAGCAGUCCCACUGACUUCGGUGGCAUCCUGUCUGCUGAGAUCGGCUCCCAGGUGGAGAUGGAGUGUACCUCCUAUUCCAGACCAGAAUCCAAGUACCGCUGGAUGCACAAUGGCUCCUUCCUGAGCUUCUCAGAGAAGAACAUCACCCUCCCAAGUCUGACCUGGGACCAGAUGGGCAGAUACAGGUGCAUCGCAGAGAACUCCGCCACCCAGCUGACCUUGUAUGAUGAAGUCCAAGUCCAGGCACCCUGGCGCCGGCCUGUUGUCAGCAGAACUUUCACCAUCUCAGGAUCCUUGUUGGUGUUUCUCAUCAUAUUCACAGUUCUGGGCCUCACCCACUUCCUUGUGGUCCUGAUCCGUGCCCUGUUCAGACAUUACUCUACCAGGGCAAAUUGGUCUAUAUGA